ACCUGAUUAGGAAUAAGGCCGAAAAGAGGAGCAAGGCAAUGAUUACGCCAACCAUCUACGGUAUCUUUGAGGCUACCACAUACAGCUGGCAGUAUAUUGUUGCCGACAUGGGCACAAUGACGGCUGCCAUUGUGGAUCCGGUGUUAGACUACAAUAGGCCCACCCGGACCUUCACAAAUGAAACCGCCAAUUCCAUGGUGGCCUUCAUCAGGGAAGUCGGGUUGAGGGUGGAUAAGAUCCUAGAAACCCAUGUUCAUGAAGACCACGUUUCGGCUGCAUCUUAUCUCCAGCAGUGGCUUGCCUAUGUGCAGGGGAGUAUACCACCAAUCUAUAUCGGAGGUCGAAGCAGUCAGCAAGCUCACAAUAGUGAUGGCCCCCAAGUCUUCCCCCGCGAGGAAUACAGGGGCGCUAUCUGGAAACCACUCAUGGACCACGAAGUCUUCAGUAUUGGCCGGCUUAGAGUCAGGGUGGUCCCAUUACCUGGUCAUAGCCCCCAUCAUAUAGGCUAUCAGAUUGGCGAUAAUAUCCUCUGCGGGGACUCGAUCCUCAAUCCUGAUCUCGGCACGGCUCGCUGUGACCUUCCAGGCAGUGAUGCACAGCUGCUCUUCGAGUCCUGCCAGCAGAUCUUGAGUCUCCCAGACCAUGUGAGGAUUUGGCCUGGCCAUGACUAUCUACCGGCCGGACGGAGUGAGCCCAUAGCAUGGACCACAGUGGGAGACCAGAAGCAGAAAAACAAAAGUUUGAGAUCAGGCAUCACUAAAGAGGAGUUUGUGAGGCAACAGACUCAGGAGGAUCUUAAACUGGCAAAACCAGAGGCUAUAUAUAGUCAUUUUCGACAGUCUUGGGCGCUGGGAGCUUUUUAA